CGCAUAAUAAAAUGUCUGCCCAAAACUAGGCUAACUUGCACCGUCAUCUUCCCAAUUUUUCUCAUCAUUUUGUUAAAAUAUUCAGAUUUAAGCGUAUUCGCCGUUCGCGUCAACACUUUCCCCUUUUCCAAUCCAUUUUUCUUCUCUCACUGGCGUCUAAUUCGUUCAUGAAAGGAAAUAGAUAGAAACGAGCUGAUUUUGCUUUUUCUUUUUUCCUUAUUUUUGUUUAAAUGGAUCUCUGCUGCGUGCAUGCGAAAGGCAACGAUUUUCUGCUGAGGAGUUCUUUUUCCGAGAAAUCGGUUCAUUGGGGCUCGAGGGCUCAUUCAAUGGCUAUGGAAAUUAGGGCUUCGAGGUGGGAAGCUCUGCCCAGCUAUUUUAGGCAUCGAUCGGUGUUGAUCAAAGCCAUGGCGAGGAAGAAUUCGGGGAAUUUCAGUAAUUCGAAUUCAAAUUCCUCUUCUGGCUCUGGUGGAGGAGAUGGCUUAAAAAGCAACGACAAAUCUGGUGAUAAGUCCCAACGUAAACCCUUGGACUGGAGAGAGUUUAGAGCGUCUCUCUACAUUCAGGAGCAGACCGAAAAUGCAGAUUACGCGCGACGAGAAGUGGGCCCAGCCCGACCCAAACCCUUUCCCGACAAGUGGGCCCACCCCAUCUCAGCCCCCGAGAAGGGCUGCCUCCUCGUGGCUACCGAGAAGCUCGACGGGGACCGAACCUUCGAGCGGACGGUGAUCCUCCUCCUCCACUCGAAAACCGAAAACCACCAAGAGAUACCUUACGGAAUCAUCGUCAACAGGCCUCUCGACAAGAAGAUGAAAAAUCGGGCCACCUUUGCAGACUGCUCCCUCCACUUUGGUGGGCCACUCGAAGCAAGCAUGUUCCUUCUGAGGGCCCACGAGAGAAUCGGGCCACACGGGUUCGAGGAGGUUAUUCCUGGGCUGUACUUGGGUUCGAGAAACAGUCUGGAUGAGGCAUCAGCCCUGGUUAAGAAGGGGAUUAUUGAGGUGCGGGAUUUCAGUUUCUUUUUGGGGUAUGCCGGCUGGCAGAUGGACCAGCUCAUAGAGGAAAUCGAGUCCGGUUACUGGUAUUUGGCUGCUUGCAGCGCGAAUUUGAUCUCUUCGUGGUCUGAUGAUUUGUGGGGGGAGAUUUUGCAGCUGAUGGGGGGCCGUUAUUCAGAGCUGAGCCGAAAGCCGAAGCAGGAUAUGUAGUUUUAUUUCAUUCUAUAAAUUGAGGUCAGCCAUGGAUGACCUCGAAUUAUAAAUNUUAUGUUAACU